AUUGAAGGUUAUGCAACGGAGAAAGCUUCCCUGGAAGAAGCAUUGUCAAUAAAAGAGACUUCUCAGCACCAGCUUGUUGUUGAACUGGAGAAGUCCCGCGAGCAGUUGAAAGUCUUGACAGAGGAGCCCUCUGCUCUUGGGGAAGAGAAAGAGUUGUUGCAGAGGCUUCAGGAAGUCCUAUCAAGUAAUGAGAAAGAUGUUGAAAUUGAGCUUCUGAAAGAAACUCAGCGCUUAGUAAAGGAGAAGCUUGAGUUACACUGCCAAGCCGACAAGGACCGAUCAAACUUACUUUCCCAUAUGAGGGUCCUGGAAAUGGAACUGGAAGACCAAAUGGCUCGUAACCAGGAGUUGUUGAAGAAAACAAGUGAAAUGACUGAUCUUGAGCAGCAGAUUCAGUCUCUAGAGAAGCAGCUAAAGCAUCAGAGACAAUUUAUGGAUGAACAAGCUGUUGAGCGUGAACAUGAGAGAGAUGACUUCCAACAAGAGAUCCAUAAUCUGGAGGAGCAGCUAAAACAAGCAUUGAAAAACCAUGGAGAUUCCAGGACAUACAGGCACCAUGACUGGAGUGAACAGGAUGAAACUUUGGAGACAAAUGUGAAAGAGAAAGUAGACCUAAACCUGCUGAUUGAGGGAAAAGAUCACCUAGAGCAACAAAUAGCGGAAAGAAAUGACGAAAUCGACAAGAUGUUGAUGAGAAUACAGGAACUGGAGCAAGCUGCUCUGAGCAAUGCAGAUGCAUCCAAAAAAUGCAGCCAGUUGGAAGCAGAACUGCAGAAUAUGCACAAGAUACAAAAGGAAUUAUUGCAGGACAAAGAAGCUCUACAACAGCAGCAGUACAAUAAUGUGCUUCAGAUCUCUGCCCUGCAGUCAAAGCUAGAUGAGACCCGGCACAGAUUGCCUGUGGAAGGCGAGCCUGAUAGCCUCCUAAAGAAGGAAUUACAAGCUGAGCGGGAUGCCCUCCAAAGGAAAGAAAAAGAGGCUGAAAGUCUGGCUGAGCAGCUAGAGCUGUACAGAGAAGAGCUAACAAACAAGACAGAAGAGGUCCUUCAGCUGAACAUGCAGCUGGAGAUCCAGCGCAAACAGAGUGAGCAGGCUGUUCAGCAGUCUCAAGAGGAGUACCUGGUGCUAAAGGAGGAAAUGUCCUCUCUCCAGCUUGAAAGAACUCACAACAAACCUAGCUCUUCACUGGAACUUCUCCAGGCUUUGUUACAAGAAAAGAACCAGGAGAUUGACCAUUUAAAUGAGCAACUUCUUAGACUGCAAGAGGAGACAUCCGAAGUGGAGGAAUUGAGGUCUUUAGUUGAGCAUCUUCGGAGUGACCAAGAGAGACUUCGAAAGAGCAAAGAGGAGGACAUGGAACAGCUUCAUGAAGUCAUUGAAAAGUUACAGCAGGAGCUUGAGCAGCUGGGACCCAUUAGGCAUGAGGUCAGCGAUAGUCAAGAAAGUCUAGAUCAAUUGGGUAUAGGAGGAGCAGAUAAUCUGCAGGCUGAGCUUAGAAACGGAGUCAAACAACUAGAAGGAGCAUAUGUAGAGAGAGAGAGUUUGGAAGAAACAGAGUCUUUGUGUGUUGCUGAGCUGCAAGCCUUGCAACAGCAACUGGAAGAAAAGGACGUACUGCAUGUUGCAAAGAUUGAGGUUCUGGAGACUAAUUUACAAAAUCUACAACAGUCUUCCAGGCAAAAUGAACAAGCCCUGGAGUUUCUUCAUUUGGAGCAUAGAAACUUGCAAGAAGAGACUGAACUACUCAGGACGCAUGUGUCACAGAGGGAAGAAGCCAUUGCUCUUUUCUCUGUCCAGUUGCAGAAACUUCAGGACACUGUAAGGGAGAAAGAUACUAUCCUCAUGGACAAGGAACUUGAAGUUCAGACUUUGCAGGAGCACAAUAUGGGUGAUAUGUCUGAGUUGCGUAAUCAGCUGGCACAAAGUAUUCAGUCUUUGGAAGCUACCAAAAUAGACCUGCAGAAUCUACAAGAACAGAAUGUCUCUCUGCAAACUACCUUGUCUCUGAACUCAAAGGAACAAAGUGACAGGGAGAUAAAGUACAAAGAAGAAUUAGAAGAGCUCAAGCAGUGUCUUAAAGAGUGGCAGAACAAGUCUCAGAAGCUUGCAAAAGUGGUUCAAACACAGACUGAUGGCAAUCAGAAUAUGACCAAAGUAGAAGCUGAAUUGCACUUGGCUGUUUCGAAUGAGCAGGUGAAUGCUGCAGAGCGCCUAGCAAGUGAAAGAGAGGCUAAAUUACUGAGUACAGAGAAUGAGCUCUCCGCUUUGAGCAAUAUAGUAGAUGAAUUGCAUACAGAAUGCGAGAGCUGGAAAGCUGAAGCCCAACGUGUCCAGCAGCAGCUUAAGAAGAAGGAAGCUUGUGUGGCAGAAUUACAUUCUCAUUCCCAGAACCUAGGAGCUCAGGUAAAAAAACUUCAGGAAGCCUUAGCAAGCCAAGAAGCAAUGAUUUCUGUUAUAUCCGUGGACUUGCAAAAACACAGCAUUGAAGACAAAGUUAAUAAACAUAUUGGCUCAACGCAAUCUGAUGUGAAGCAGAGGAGCUUCUCUGAAAGCUUGACAGACUCAAGUGCUUGGGAAUCCCCUGACAUGGUUAGAAAACUUGAGGAACAAGCGCAAAGCUUAAGAGGACUGACUCCCUUCUCAGAGCUGAGCAUUAAUCAUAGUGCUGAGCUAGAUGGUAUGAAAUCAAAGUCAUCUGGUUGUGUGAAGCAACUGGUGCAAUAUAAUCUUCUAGGAUCCAGCACCUCUUCUUUAUCUGACAGUGUUUACUCCCUGCAACAUUCAAGUCAGAAGACCAGCCCUGUGAGAGAAACAGGACACCCCUCGACAGACUACGACUCCUGCGAUGAUCUGCAAAGCAAGGAUGGUCAGAUAGAGACUGAACAAUCCGAUGAACUUGAUUACAAGCUUGAAGCUGGGAAGUUCCAGUUAGAAGAAGUGGAGAAUUUGUAUGGCAUAAAGCAAAAAAUGGAUUUGAUGAGUGGAAGUGGACUAUCUGUACAACUUCAGAAAAUGUUGAGUAUGGUUCAUGAGGAAAGCUGCAAGAUUCUGGAGCUGUCUGAACGGCCUGUUGCAAAGGUUCCCAGUCCAGACCGUACUGAGCUUCAGACCCAGAGAGAUGCCUGGGUGAAAGAACGCAAGAAUCUUCAAGAAACCAUCCAGUCUCUAAGUUCGGCCUUAGCACAGGCUGCGGGAGAAGGAAACAAGGAAAGUUCUUCAUCAGACUGGAGACGGGACUUAUUAGAAAGUGUUCAGGCUCUUUUGGAAAGUGAGAGAGAGUAUCUACGUUUGGAACUUCAGUCACAGCUCCAUCAUGGAACUGGGGAUAACAAUUCACUGUCAGAGAAAGUAGAACACCUAAUUAAGGAGCAGGAGGAACAAAAGCGCCUGGUCUUGGAACAUGUCCUAGCCAUGGACCGCAACAGCCUGUUGUCUGAAAUUCAGGAUCUACGUUCACAGUUAAGAUUGGCACAUCUUCAAAACCAAGAGAAACUACAACAACUGCAAGAUGCCCUCAUCAGUACAGAAGAAAAAGGGCACACAAAAGAACACCAGUUGCGCAAGCAAGUGGAACUGUAUGAUUACAAAUUACAGCAAGAGGCUGCCAUUGCUGAAGAUUUAAAAGGUUCCUUAUUGCGGGAACAAGAGAGGUCCACAGAGCAGCACAAGCUGUUACUCCAGGAACAGUCUACUGGAUCUCAACUCCGUACUGAAAUAGAGGAACUGCAGUUGGAGCUUGAAAAUCUGAAAAGGCAACGGAAAGAAAUGCAGAUCGAAGCAACUAAACUAAGAAAUGACCUGGACGGUAAAGAGGAGGCCUUGUCUGUUCUCAUGCAAACAGUGCAGACUCAACGGGAGGUAGAAAGCCAAAGGUUUGAAGAAGAAAAGCAUAUCAUUCAACAAAAACUUGCACACCGGGAGAAGUCUGUGCAGGAGUCAUUUUUGUCACUGGAAGAGCACAAGAAGCUUAAUGCUAAGAUUUCUGCAGCUUUGUUACAAGAACAGACUUGCGCUAGUAAUCUGAGGAAAGAACUUGAAAUAGAGCAAUCUCGAUGUAAGGCUCUUCUUGCUCAGGAGCACAAGAAACUGUCUGAGACGGAGACUGAGCUGGAGAAGGAAAAGCAGUAUUCAUUAAGUUUGUCAAGUGCCUUGAACCUUGAGCGUAAUGUUGUGGAGCAACUUAGACAACAGCAAAGCCAAGAGCUUUGCAGACAGGAGGAAGAGAGGCAUCAAGAACGUAAAGUAGUGUUAACAUUACAAAAUCAGCUGGAAGAGGAAAGACGCUCUGCCAGAGGCCUUGGUGCUAUGAUGGAAAAGACACAGAAACAAGCUGUUGAUGCAAGGAGUCAGCUAGAAUCUGAAGUUCAAGCCUGCCGCGAGGAAAUGCAAAAAGAGCGGGAGGCAACAGUUAAACUCCGUGCACUUUUAGAGGCCUUGCAAAGUCAAAAACAGCAACUGGACAGUGUGUUGGAGCAGCAGAAAGAGCGAGAAAUUCGUUUGCAGAAGGAGCGAGAUCAGUACCAAGCUCAGUUACUGAUCUUUCAGGAGGAGGAAAGAGUGCGGGCAAAAGAAUGUGAAAAAGAAAUUACUAGGUCAAAGCAGGCAGAAGUUAUCAGAGCACGAGAAGAAGAGCAGGAAAGGCGGAUAAUGGACUUGCAGUUACAACAUGACCGUGAUAAGCGUCGUAUCCAGGAGUUGCAGCACAUGCUGGCUGAUUUGGAAGAACAAGAACGUGCAUUGGCUUCAAGAAAGAACCAAGCCUGGACAGACGCAGCCAGCCCCACUAAAAAAUGUGGGUUCACUGAUCAGUCAGAUGCAGAGAGUCUGGCAGCAACUACUUCACACUGUACUACAAGUUAAAAAAUGGGUGCAGAACAAGAGCGACAGCGCACACCAAGGCUUCCCUAAUGAGGCAGAAGUGACAGCUUUGCUGGACUCUUUGGCUGAACUGAAGUUACAGCUGCAGAGAGGAAAUCUUCAGACAUCUGUUCCAUCACCUUCCACUGUGGUUGAUGUUCUCAAACGUGAGAACGAGGAGAGCUUGCAACUACGGUGUCUCAACUGACUAAAGAGAAAUUGGAGCUCAGAAGUCAGCUUGCUAAACUCUGCAGAAGCUCACAAGAGUCUUCAUAUAAAGAGAAUAAGGAACAGCUGCAUUCAGGUUCUGUAGAAUCUGUGCUGGAGGCUGAAAGAGCAGUCUGGAACCGUGAAAAAAGACUCUUGCAGAUUGCUUUAAAAAAUGCAGAGUCUGAGAAGGGCAAGGCAACCCUUGAGAACAAGCCUCUGUCUGAUGUUUCAAGUUCUAAGAUGCAGCGUCUGUACAGGAAAUUCCUCAGAGCAGAGAGCUUCCGGAAAGCCCUAGUAUACCAGAAAAAAUACCUAUUGCUCCUUUUAGGAGGAUUCCAGGCCUGUGAAAAAGCAACAUUGUCCUUGAUUGCACGUAUGGGUGUGUACCCAACACCUAUGGACCUUCAGUAUCCUGCCAAAUGCCAGUCAGGCCUUACCAAAUUUCGAUCAGCUGUACGCGCUGUAAUUGCUAUCUCCAGGUUAAAGUUCCUGGUAAGAAAAUGGAAUAAAAGUAGCCGGAAAGGUGUAGUUGUGGAGCCAGUGGUUCAACAAGUACAAAUGAACAGAACAGAAGUUUUACAACACCUGAGUGGUACUUUAUUAAACUCACCUCCAACCCGUGAUGUAGCAUAUGGUCACCCCCAUAAUUCUUCUUUUCUUGGUACUCCAUCUCCAAAACCAUUGUUCUGUACAUCAAGACGGAAUGGUCACUCGCCUACCCUAACACCCGAGAGAUCUCCAUACACCUCUCGAGAUCCUGAACAUUCAAUUACAGAGUAUAUCCAUCAUCUAGAGUUGGUCCAGCGGAGACUAGGUGGACUUCAAAAUGGCUCCUCACCAGAACGGCCACGUGUUAAAAUAUGCACGGAAAUAA